GGAGGCUAGCCGUGGGGUGGGUGCCUAUCACAACGGGACAAGGGCGAACACGUCUGAAUAGGACGUGUGUGCACGGUAUGAAUGGAGAAGAGCCGAGCGAGUGUGGCGACGCGCAGGGAAGAGCCGGACGCGCCCCAGCGGCCGGGGGCCUCCCGAGGGAACGUCUGCUUGUGAUGCGGGAGCGCCCGCCGAGGAGCCUCCUUAUCCCCACCCACCUCCCGAACGCCGGCAGUCAGUGGUGCAUAUAGACAUAUUUCUGGGAGCUGUCCAUGAGCUCAUCGCUUUCCCGGCGAUAGCAGCAACAGCAGCAGCAGCCGCCGCGAGGGAAGCAGCCGCAUUUCUCCCGGCGCCGCUAGAAUAAGCCCCGCCGCUCGCACAUCCAGACACACGCGCGGCGAGCGGCCCCGGGAAGCAGCCGCCGCCGACCCAGCCCCGCGGCCGCACUCGCGCCCGGCCCCGCCCGCCAUGGCCCCGAGUCUCCCCGCCGGGAGGUAGGUGGGCGCGGGCAGGGGGCGAGAGGCUCCGGCCAGGACUCCCGGCCGGGCCGGACCAGCCCCGGGGGCGGCCGCCCCUCGCGCUCUGCGGCGGAGCGGCCGGGCGGGGCCGCGGGCGCGGCGGAGGAGCCUCCCGGCCCGGCGGGGGCCGCGGGCGGCAGGCCCGGCGCUGAGCAGCCGCGGGAGACCCGAGAGACCCGGGCGUGACAGCAGGAGGAAACCGGAGCACCGGGAAGAUGGCUUCUCCCACCUCCCCGGCCCCGGAAGGCGGGGCCUCCACCCCGCCGAACCCGCCGCGGAUUCGUCAGUCUGACAGCAAUGCAAGCUUCCUCCGUGCCGCCAGAGCAGGCAACUUAGACAAAGUCGUGGAAUAUCUGAAGGGGGGCAUAGACAUCAACACUUGCAACCAGAAUGGACUCAACGCGCUUCACCUGGCUGCCAAGGAAGGCCACGUGGGGCUAGUUCAGGAGCUGCUGGGAAGAGGGUCUGCUGUGGACUCCGCCACCAAGAAAGGAAAUACUGCUCUUCACAUUGCAUCUUUGGCUGGACAAGCAGAAGUUGUCAAAGUUCUUGUCAAGGAAGGAGCCAAUAUUAAUGCACAGUCUCAGAAUGGCUUCACUCCUUUAUACAUGGCUGCCCAAGAGAAUCACAUUGACGUGGUGAAAUAUUUGCUGGAAAAUGGAGCUAAUCAGAGCACGGCUACUGAGGAUGGCUUUACGCCCCUGGCGGUGGCGCUCCAGCAGGGUCACAACCAGGCAGUGGCCAUCCUCCUGGAGAACGACACCAAAGGGAAAGUGAGGCUGCCAGCUCUGCAUAUUGCAGCCAGGAAAGAUGACACCAAAUCUGCCGCCCUCCUGCUUCAGAACGAUCACAACGCUGACGUCCAAUCCAAGAUGAUGGUGAAUAGGACAACCGAGAGUGGAUUCACCCCCUUGCACAUCGCUGCCCACUAUGGAAACGUCAACGUGGCAACUCUUCUUCUAAACCGGGGAGCUGCUGUGGACUUCACAGCCAGGAAUGGGAUCACUCCUCUGCACGUGGCUUCCAAGAGGGGAAACGCAAGCAUGGUGAAGCUCUUACUGGAUCGCGGUGCUCAGAUUGACGCCAAAACUCGCGAUGGGUUGACACCUCUUCAUUGUGCUGCAAGGAGUGGGCAUGACCAAGUGGUGGAGCUUCUGCUGGAGCGGGGCGCUCCCUUGCUGGCAAGGACAAAGAAUGGGCUGUCUCCACUUCACAUGGCUGCACAGGGGGACCACGUGGAAUGUGUGAAGCACCUGCUCCAGCACAAGGCGCCUGUUGAUGACGUCACCUUGGACUACUUGACGGCCCUCCACGUUGCCGCACACUGUGGCCACUACCGUGUAACCAAACUUCUUCUGGACAAGAGAGCCAACCCGAACGCCAGAGCCCUGAAUGGUUUUACUCCACUGCACAUUGCCUGCAAGAAAAACCGCAUCAAAGUCAUGGAACUGCUGGUGAAAUAUGGGGCUUCAAUCCAAGCUAUAACAGAGUCUGGCCUCACACCAAUACAUGUGGCUGCCUUCAUGGGCCACUUGAACAUUGUCCUCCUUCUGCUGCAGAACGGAGCCUCUCCAGAUGUCACUAACAUUCGUGGGGAGACGGCCCUGCACAUGGCCGCCCGAGCAGGCCAGGUGGAAGUGGUGCGAUGCCUCCUGAGGAACGGCGCCCUCGUCGACGCCAGAGCCAGGGAGGAACAGACGCCUUUGCAUAUUGCCUCCCGCCUGGGUAAGACAGAAAUUGUUCAGCUGCUUCUACAACACAUGGCUCAUCCAGAUGCGGCCACUACAAAUGGGUACACACCGCUGCACAUCUCUGCCAGGGAAGGACAGGUGGACGUGGCCUCGGUCCUCCUGGAAGCGGGGGCAGCCCACUCCUUGGCGACCAAGAAGGGUUUUACUCCCUUGCACGUAGCUGCCAAGUAUGGGAGCCUGGAUGUGGCAAAACUUCUCUUGCAACGCCGUGCUGCCGCAGAUUCUGCGGGGAAGAAUGGCCUUACCCCGCUCCAUGUCGCUGCUCAUUAUGACAACCAGAAGGUGGCGCUGCUGUUACUGGAGAAGGGAGCGUCCCCUCACGCCACGGCCAAGAAUGGCUACACUCCUUUACAUAUUGCUGCCAAGAAGAAUCAAAUGCAGAUAGCUUCCACACUCCUGAACUACGGAGCAGAGACGAACAUCGUGACGAAGCAAGGAGUCACCCCGCUCCAUCUGGCCUCGCAGGAAGGACACACGGAUAUGGUCACCUUGCUUCUGGAGAAGGGAGCCAAUAUCCACAUGUCAACCAAGAGUGGACUCACAGCUUUACACCUGGCAGCCCAGGAAGAUAAAGUGAAUGUCGCUGAUAUUCUCACUAAGCAUGGCGCUGACCAGGAUGCUCACACAAAGCUUGGCUACACUCCUUUAAUUGUGGCCUGUCACUAUGGAAACGUGAAAAUGGUCAACUUCCUUCUGAAGCAGGGAGCAAAUGUCAAUGCAAAAACCAAGAAUGGCUACACGCCUUUGCACCAGGCCGCCCAGCAGGGCCACACGCACAUCAUCAACGUCUUGCUGCAGCAUGGGGCCAAGCCCAACGCCACCACCGCGAACGGCAACACCGCCUUGGCGAUAGCUAAGCGUCUGGGCUACAUCUCGGUGGUGGACACCCUGAAGGUUGUAACGGAGGAGGUCACCACCACCACCACGACUAUCACUGAAAAACACAAGCUAAAUGUUCCUGAGACCAUGACUGAGGUUCUUGAUGUUUCUGAUGAAGAGGGUGAUGACACAGUGACCGGUGAUGGGGGCGAGUACCUUAGGCCCGAGGACCUGAAGGAGCUGGGUGACGACUCCCUGCCCAGCAGCCAGUUCCUGGACGGCAUGAAUUACCUGCGAUACAGCUUGGAGGGAGGCCGCUCCGACAGUACCAUGCCCAGUUCCGACAGGUCUCACACCCUAAGCCAUGCCUCCUACCUGAGGGACAGCGCCAUGAUCGACGACACGGUUGUGAUCCCCAGUCACCAGGUGACAACUCUAGCCAAGGAGGCAGAAAGGAAUUCUUAUCGUCUAAGCUGGGGCACUGAGAACUUAGACAACGUGGCUCUUUCUUCCAGCCCUAUUCAUUCAGGUUUCCUGGUUAGUUUUAUGGUGGAUGCCCGAGGUGGUGCCAUGCGGGGAUGCAGACACAACGGGCUCCGCAUCAUUAUUCCGCCUCGGAAAUGUACUGCCCCAACACGAGUCACCUGCCGACUGGUCAAACGCCAUAGACUGGCGACGAUGCCUCCCAUGGUGGAAGGAGAAGGCCUGGCCAGUCGUCUGAUUGAAGUCGGACCCUCUGGUGCUCAGUUCCUUGGUAAACUUCACCUGCCAACGGCUCCUCCCCCACUUAAUGAGGGAGAAAGUUUGGUCAGCCGCAUCCUUCAGCUGGGGCCUCCUGGAACCAAAUUCCUUGGGCCUGUGAUCGUGGAGAUCCCUCAUUUCGCUGCCCUGCGAGGAAAGGAGAGGGAGCUGGUGGUCCUGCGCAGUGAGAACGGGGACAGCUGGAAAGAGCAUUACUGUGAAUACACGGAGGAUGAGCUGAAUGAAAUCCUGAAUGGCAUGGAUGAAGUGCUGGAUAGCCCGGAAGACCUAGAAAAGAAACGGAUCUGCCGCAUCAUCACCCGCGACUUCCCACAGUACUUUGCGGUGGUGUCUCGCAUCAAGCAGGACAGCAACCUCAUUGGUCCAGAGGGAGGCGUGCUGAGCAGCACCGUGGUGCCCCAGGUGCAGGCCGUCUUCCCCGAGGGGGCGCUAACCAAGCGGAUCCGUGUUGGCCUACAGGCUCAACCUAUGCACAGUGAGUUGGUUAAGAAGAUUCUGGGCAACAAAGCUACCUUUAGCCCUAUAGUCACUUUGGAACCUAGAAGAAGAAAAUUUCACAAGCCAAUUACCAUGACCAUUCCUGUCCCCAAAGCUUCAAGUGAUGUCAUGUUGAAUGGUUUUGGGGGAGAUGCACCAACCUUAAGAUUACUAUGCAGCAUCACAGGUGGAACCACCCCUGCUCAGUGGGAAGAUAUUACAGGAACUACGCCAUUAACAUUUGUCAAUGAAUGUGUUUCCUUUACAACCAAUGUGUCUGCCAGGUUCUGGCUGAUUGAUUGUCGACAAAUUCAGGAAUCUGUUACCUUUGCAUCACAAGUGUAUAGAGAAAUUAUCUGUGUACCAUAUAUGGCCAAAUUUGUAGUGUUUGCCAAAUCACAUGACCCCAUUGAAGCCAGGUUGAGGUGUUUCUGCAUGACUGAUGAUAAAGUGGAUAAGACCCUGGAACAACAAGAAAACUUUGCUGAGGUGGCCAGAAGCAGGGACGUGGAGGUCCUAGAAGGAAAACCCAUCUACGUUGAUUGUUUUGGCAACCUGGUGCCAUUAACCAAGAGUGGCCAACAUCAUAUAUUCAGUUUUUUUGCCUUCAAAGAAAACAGACUUCCUCUCUUUGUCAAGGUACGUGAUACAACUCAGGAACCUUGCGGACGACUAUCAUUUAUGAAAGAGCCAAAAUCUACGAGAGGCCUGGUGCACCAAGCUAUUUGCAACUUAAACAUCACCCUGCCAAUUUAUACGAAGGAAUCAGAGUCAGAUCAAGAACAGGAGGAAGAGAUCGAUAUGACAUCAGAAAAAAAUCAACAGGAUGAGCAGGAACGGAUUGAGGAAAGGCUGGCAUAUAUUGCAGAUCACCUUGGCUUCAGCUGGACAGAAUUAGCAAGAGAACUGGACUUCACUGAAGAGCAAAUUCAUCAAAUUCGAAUUGAGAACCCUAACUCCCUCCAGGAUCAGAGUCAUGCACUAUUGAAGUACUGGCUAGAAAGGGAUGGGAAACAUGCUACAGAUACCAGUCUCAUUGAAUGUCUCACCAAGAUCAACCGAAUGGAUAUCGUUCAUCUCAUGGAGACCAGCACAGAAUCUCUCCAGGAGCGCAUCAGUCAUAGCUAUGCAGAGAUUGAGCAGACCAUUGCACUGGAUCAUAGUGAAGGGUUCUCAGUGCUGCAAGAGGAGCUACGCACUGCCCAGCACAAACAGAAAGAGGAGCAUGCUGCUUCUAAAGAGGAUGAGGCCUCUGACCACCCUCCCAUCGUCUCAGAGGAAGACAUUUCUGUUGGUUACUCCACUUUUCAGGAUGGCAUCCCCAAAACUGAGGGCGAUGGCUCCACAACAGAGCUCCUUCCCCAGACUCAAAAGGAGCAAGUUCAACAGGAUUUCUCAGGGAAAAUGCAAGACCUGCCUGAGGAGUCAUCUCUUGAACAGCAAGAAUACUUCGUGACAACCCCAGGGACAGAAAUGUCAGAGACUCUGAAGGCCGCGGGAACAUCUGGCUCCCCCGCCAAGACACCCGAGGAAAUUGUCACCCCUCCCGAGGAGGAGAGGCUGUAUCUCCAGACCCCGACAUCGAGUGAGCGGGGAGGCUCUCCAGUCGUGCAGGAACCUGAGGAGCCCCCCGAAGAGGGGGAGGAGAGUUCACCUUGGAAAAGCAGCCUCGUGAUCGUGGAGUCGGCCGAGGACCAGCCGCAGGCCUUCGAGAAGCUUGAUGAAGAUGAUGCUUUUCAAAAGGGAGAUGAUAUGCCUGACAUACCCCCAGAAACAGUCACAGAAGAAGAAUACAUCGAUGAGCAUGGACACACCGUGGUAAAGAAGGUUACUAGGAAAAUCAUCAGGCGGUUCAUCUCCUCUGAUGGCACAGAGAAAGAAGAGAUUACGAUGCAGGGAACACCGCAGGAUUCUAUCAACAUUGAAGAAGGGGAUGGCUAUUCCAAAGUCAUAAAGCGCAUUGUAUUGAAGAGUGACACCGAGCAGUCAGAGGUGACUUUGUCUGAGCCCAGCAUUUUGUCCAGUACCUCACAAUUUCAGGCUGAACCAGUGGAAGGCCGUAGAGUCAGCAAAGUUGUUAAGACAACUAUGGUACAUGGAGAGAGGAUGGAGAAACAUCUGGGGGAUUCUAGUUUAGCCACUGAUCUUCCUUCUGCCAAAGAUGACUUUGAAGAGGACAACAAUGAGUAAAGCUAGAACCCAGAAGAGGGCUGUGGUGAAGGACCAGCAGGGAAAACGCAUUUACUUGGAGCACCUGGAGGAUGUCCCAGAAGCACUAGACCAGGACGACCUCCAGCACGACCUCCAGCAACUCCUUCGGCAUUUCUGCAAGGAGGACUCAAAGCAAGAGGCCCAGUGAGGGGCUGCCCAAUUCUCACACCAGAAACCACACAUUCACUCAAUAUGCAACUUCCCGUUUCAUUAGAGGACUGACCUCACUGGCCUGAUUAAUGGGAUACCCUGACAUUUCACUUUUAGCAAACAUGCGGCAUUUGGUUUGAGUUUUUCCCCAUCCUCUUUAACUGUAAGCUAAUUUGUGACCAAAGAUAGCAUCCCUCAUUCUGGAUGCUGUAUCCGCUACUCUGUUGUAUCUAUGCUCACCUGGGACCUGGCCACCUCCAUUGUUCUUCUUGGCUUCUGCACAAGCUCCAUGAAAAUCCAUUCAACGGGAGAACUUCACCUGCAGACCUCUUCAAAUGAUGACACAUAGGAAUCCUUCCAAGAGAUACCCGUGUACGAUGUAUAUAGCUAAUGCUCAGACGAACACUAUAUUAAAAUUGAAACCACUGCCUAUCCUGACUACACUGGGCAUCACGGAGUAAAAGGCCUCUAGAGGAAUUGCUGAACUAUGGUUCAUUAAGAUAUUGCUAACACAAUCGAAUGAUAAUACAGUUCUACCACAAAAGAAGCACUUCAGACCUACCAUGUCCUUAGAAUUUCCACAGUAGCCCUGGCUCCUAGUUAAAGAUGGGUCAUAACCUUGAAGAACUGUCCUGACUAAGCACUUCCUGCUGGUGCCGGCCAGCCAUGAUUUAUGACUCUCCAGCCGUCACCGAGGGCGGGAGGCGGGGAGCCGAGGCAACGAGAUGAAGCAGUGAGGUGUUCAGUUGCCAGCAGCAGCAUCCCACAGCUGUCUAGCAUCUUCAGGUCCUUUAGAUUGGGGACGUGUUGGCAGGGUAUUUUAAAAAGCUAUAACUACUGUAGUUUUCCAGUUUUCAUUGCUGCUUUAGCAAACCACGCUGUCUUAUUGGUGGUACUCUCUCCUGGCCACUGCACUGUAGAUAAUUCAUCGGAAGCAAGAUUUGCCCAACACAAAUGGUUGAACUCCUUCACCAUGUUGAAGUGAUUUCUUUCUUUCUUUUUUUUUUUUCCUCCAGGUUUAUAUCUUCUCUAAUACCUGCAUGUAGCAUUUAAGAAUCAAACCACAAACCCCUCUUCUAAUCACAUCGAUGGUUUUCAUUCUUUUUACCCUCAGCAAGCACUUUUCACUUUUCUGCUAGGUCUGUUUUUUAGCUUGCAGACGAGAUUGAGAAAUCCUGAAAAAUUUGGUUUGGGUUUAAAAUUUUUAGUUUAUUUAUUUGAAAUCCAAACUCCCUUGAAAACUCUGAAGUGCAUUUGUGCACUUUCCUGUCUGUUUGUUUCAAAGAAGGGACUUUAAUCAUCUGAGUGAUUUCCAUGUCCUAUUCCUCAUUCCUCUAGUGGUUGAAGCUGUGUAGCAUUUUAACAUAUAUAUAUUCACAAAUAUAUUCAUAUAAACAGUAUACAUUUUGAAUCAGUUAUUUGUUAAAGAAAAGUAUAUUCAAUGAAGAUGAAAUUUAAAAAUUUUAAAAACCAGAGUCUAUCCUCCAGGGAUUGAACAUUUUCCAAUUCUAUCUGGCCUUUUCCUGUUGUGCAAAAAUGACUCAUUGUUCCGAAAGAUGACAAACAAUGGUACUUCAUCAUUUCAAGUAAUGUUGCCAAGAGAGAAAAUUUCCUGGGAGGGAGGUUUCCCACAAGCCAAAUCUCCUAAGCCUCAAAUGAUAGCACUUUUUGGCAAUUGGAUAGGAAAUAAAGCAUUCUUUGGCAGCCAAAAUGAGGGAGGCCAGUGGUGAAACUUUUUGAGCACACCAUGGCCUUCUUGUCCAAACCUUCACUGGAGCUCAAGAAAAGCAUUUCUGUUGUGUUAUUUGCAGUGCAGAUGAUGUCUGUGUAACAACAUAAUGGUUAUUCACCUUUUUUUUUUUUGGGUUUUGAUUUUUGCUGUGUAAUCAAAAAACUUGAAUACUGUGAGAAGAAGUGAAUUUUCAGUUGAUGAAUCAGCAUCUUGUUCCCAUGGUGAUAACACUAAUUGAAUAUAUCUAUGAGGGCAUGUAUUAGUUAACGGAAAAAAUACAACACUAACAAUACAUAGCUGCAAUGUGUACAAUGGCUGAUUUAAUUAAAUAAAAUGUACAAGUGUUAAAUGUG